GAGAGCCCUCUACAGGGACGUCAUGCAGGAGAACCAUGAGACAGUGACCUCGCUGGCAGGAUUCCCCGUUCCCAAACCUGACCUGAUCUCCCAGCUGGAACGAGGGGAAGAGCCGUGGAUCCCAGAUCUCCAGGCCUCUGAGGAAAGUGUGAGCCCGAGAGGCACCUACACAGGUGAUGGGACAGUGAGUGAGAACAAAGAGGAGAAUCAGCAGCAGGAAGGUCCUGAGCAAGUGGAUCCGCAUGGGAGGUUUUUGAGCAGAGCUGAAGGGAAUUUUUCCCAGUGCUUGGAACAGGGAGAAGCCUGGGGAGAUCAACACGGAUCAGAGAUGCAGCUGGGAAACUAUUCCAGGAAGAAACUGGAUGAAUCCUCUGAAUGUGAUGGAGGAUGGAAGGAUCCCAAGGAAACCACCAUCCAGAAGACAAGUCACAAUGAAGAGAAACCCUACAAAUGCCUUGAGUGUGGGAAAAGAUUCCAUUUCAGUGCAAACCUUCUUACACAUCGGAGAACCCACACAGGAGAGAAGUCCUAUGAAUGCUUGGACUGUGGGAAGAGCUUCCGUCAGAGGUCAGGCUUUACUACACACCAGAGACUGCACACAGGAGAGAAACCCUAUAAAUGCUUAGACUGUGGGAAAAGCUUCGUACACAAGUCCAGGCUUAUUGUACACCAGAGAGUACACACAGGAGAGAGACCCCAUAAAUGCUUUGACUGUGGGAAAAGCUUCAUACAGAAGUCAAGGCUUACUGUACACCAGAGAGUACACACAGGAGAGAGACCCUAUAUAUGCCGUGAGUGUGGGAAAGGUUUUAUUCAGGGCUCAGGGCUUAUUAGACAUGAAAUCAUCCACACAGGAGAGAGACCCUUUAAAUGCCAUGAGUGUGGGGAAAGUUUUAUUCAGAACUCAAAGCUUAUUACACAUCAGCAAAUCCACACAGGAGAGAGACCUUAUAAAUGCUUUGAGUGUGGGAAAGGUUUUAUUCAAAAUGCAGCACUUAUUGAACAUGAGAGAACUCACACUGGAGAGCGACCCUAUGAAUGCCUCGAGUGUGGGAAAAGUUUCAGUUUGAAAUCAACCCUUAAUGCGCAUCGGAAAACCCACACAGGAGAGAGACCCUAUAAAUGCCUUGAGUGUGGGAAAUGUUUUAGUGAGAGCACAGGACUUCUUAGACAUAGGAGAAUCCACACAGGAGAAAGACCCUAUAAAUGCCAGGAGUGUGGGAAAAGUUUCAAUGUGAAAUCAACCCUUAAUCUACAUCAGAAAACGCACACAGGAGAGAGACCCCAUAAAUGCUUGGACUGUGGGAAAAGCUUCUUUCAGAAGUCAAAGCUUAGUGAACACCAGAGAGAACAUCAUGGAGAGAGACCAUAUAAAUGCCUCGACUGUGGGGAAAGUUUCCCUGACAGAAUAAAACUUACUAGACAUCAGAGAAUCCACACAGGAGAGGGGCCCCAUAAGUGCUUUGACUGUGGGAAAAGCUUCAUACACAAGUGCAGGCUUAUUUUGCACCAGCGAGUGCACACGGGAGAGAAACCCUUUAAAUGCCACGAGUGUGGGAAAGGUUUUAGUCAGAGUGAUCAUCUUAUUACACAUCAGCGAACCCACACAGGAGAGAGACCCUAUGGAUGCCUUGUGUGUGGUAAAACUUUCCGUUACCGCUCAAAUCUUACUAGACAUGGGAAAAUCCACACCAGAAAGAUGCAUUAUAAAUGCCUCGAUUGUGGGGAAAGCUUCAGUAAGAGCUCAGCGCUGACCAAGCAUGAGAGAAGCCACAAGGGUGAGAGAUGCUAGGAAUCGCUUGACUGCAGGAAAAGAUUCAAUUUGACUUGACACUUCAGUGACCCACACAACAGCGAGACUUUGAAUGUGGGGGAAGGUUAAUUUGAUGCUCCCAGAGUAUCAGGCAUCUGCAAAUCCACACAGGGAAGAAACCUCUGAGAUGUUCUUAGUGUGGGACAUGGUCCAAGGGGAGCAAACAUAAUAUUGGACGUCAGAGACUCCUCCACACAGCAGGGAAAUUCUCUCAGGGCCCUGACUGGGGCCAGUCAUGGUGACAAACCCAUUUCCUCAUUCCCACACACAUCAGGGGUGUUUGGCUGCCAAGGAUCCAGCUGCCCAUCGCUGGGGGGAGGAUCCAGCAGCAGCCGAGCAGCAGCUGGUCAGGGACCCUCUGGCUCUGCCUGGUCUCAGCAAACCUCGGGCAGAGGAGGAGAAGCCCCCAUCAGCCCCUCCCCCCUGCAGCAGCUCUGGCUGCUGAGCUUAUGGGCCACAGAUGGGGGAAGUGAGAGAGAGAAACUCCUCCAGCCGCUCCCCCUGCCUGGCUGAAGUCCCUCACUCCCUUCCCCUCCCAGCCGGUAUCCGCCUGCCAUGGAGAUGAGGAAAAGGACACUAAGGCCAGGCCCCAC